UUUUACGUGAAAUUUUGGUUAAGAAAUAUGUAUCAGAAUGCUGAAAUUUGUACCUUGUCAAGUGACCUAUUCGAGCAAAAACGCUCGUUUCACGAAUUUCGGAAUCAAAGUAAGAUAGCAAUACAUUAGGGCCUUGUGAGAACGAGAGAGACAGGUAAUCUCUGUUUGGAAAUGAAAGUGAAACGGUUAUUGGAGGCAAUGAUGUCAUGACGUCACGACUAAAGGAGUCCAUUAUCGGGCUCCACAGCAUGUAAAUACUAUUAUUUGAACACCAAGAAUGCACAAGAAUAGUUUUAGUCAAUAUUUCUUUUAGACUGAUGAGUGAUGAGGUUGAUAAGAAGUUUUUUUAGAGUACCGUUAGUGGAAAGUGUCUCGAUCCUACAUGACAACAAUGGGGUGGAGUCUUCUUGCCUAUUUUUAAAUUCAAAAUAUUUUCCGCAAUCAUCCCCAAAAAUCGGGUGACAUGUGCAGAAUCAGAUGAGUAUGUGGACGUACCAUCAUACACUGGAACAGAGGAAAACGAGUUUGAGUGCACCAGUCAACACCAUGGAAUGGGUUGGAACGAUCGACUCCCAAGGACGGAUGCAACAAUCCGAGCUGAUCUUAUUCGUAAUGGAAUCAUCCCGGAGUUCAUUAUCAAACCUCCAAAAUAUGAAGCUUUUAUAACUUUCCAUGGUUCCGUUGAACCAGACAUGGGGAAUUUAUUAAGACCAGAACAAGUUCGGUGGGCCCCUCAUGCAAUUGAAUUCAAAUUCAAACCGAACUCUUACUACUGCAUCGUUAUGACAGGUCUCGAUGAGCCGUCCAAAGCAGUGCCGACAAAAAGAGAAUUUCUUCACUGGAUAGUUGGAAACAUGCCAGAAGAUAACCUUGCCAUAGCAGAACACAUAGCUGAAUAUUAUCCUGUUUUACCGAAAAAAGACACAGGACUUCAUCGAUACCUGCUCUUAGUCUAUGAGCAAAAAAUGAAAAUUGACUUUAAGGAGUUUCGACUAACUUGCAGGAAUGAUUGGGGCCGCGCAAAAUGGUCCAGCCGGAAAUUCGCAGACAAAUACAAACUUGGAGAGCCUUAUGCAGUUAAUUUCUUUUACAGUGAGCACACAGCGACCUAAAAGUCACAUAAGACACUACACACGAUUGAAAGACCGACAUGUCUCGUGCUUCCACAAUAGAAAUGUGUGUGGAAUUCUGCAUAUGGAUGUUUGAUAAUUUCAAGAUCGAGCGGGAACUGUCUUUUUAUAUUUUGAUGUCUGAAAUUCAGUGUCCUUGUGUGUAGAUUUUGCGAUAAUGGGUUUUUGUUUUCACCAUGUGCGAGAGUAUUCUCAACCUGAAAAAUGCAGUUUGACACUACGUUUUUGGUGAAAAUUUCGGUUUCCUGGUUAUGAAUUUAAUCACUCUAUGACGAUCGAUAAUUAUGUUGUCGUACUGACGUCAUUUUAGCCAUGCACGAGUAUGUCACUAUGCUUAUAAAGACAUAAAGAAUAUUAAAUAUUUUAUUAUAUUGUUCUA